UUAUUUCCUCCUGCAGCUGUGUGAGGCAGAGUGCGCGGUGGAGAGGAGAGAGCACCUCAGAAUCCUGGGGAAACAGCAGGACUGCAUACGACUUGUGCCGAGCCACUCGGGAAGGGUGAGUCGCUGUCUUCUGCCACGCAGUGAGAGCAAGAGUCGCCAGAAAAGGACAGAGACGGAAAGUGUGAGAGGGAAGAAGAUUAUCCAAGGCCAGUUUAAAAGCUUGCAGCUCUUCACUCAGAGCAGCUGCAAGCUAGAGAAGACUGAAAGGAACGACUGUGUCUCGUCCUCUCAAGGUGAGGUGCAGAGCUAGAGAUUUGCAACGACAGAAGAAAGUACACACAGGAAAAGGUCUGAGUCAAAAAGAGUAGUGGAUUUUCAUCGCAGCAUGCCACUCUCUCAGCAGCAUCACAGGGCCACUGUGCCCACGACUGGCUGGGUCCUGAUUCUGGCUAUUUUCCUUGCUCUACAGGGUGCUGCUUGUGCCGCUCCAUCAGGGGACAACAAGCUGGUUCGUACCACCCGAGUGAGGAGACAGACCCUGGGGGAGGAUCAGUUCGCUUCCUCGACCAACCAGACACUGCGGGACCAACCUGUGGUCUUUAACCACGUCUACAACAUAAACGUACCCUUAGAGUCUCUGUGCUCUGUUGACCUGGACACAUCCAGUCCACCUGAUGGGUCACAUGCUGAGCUGGCCUCCAAACCUCCUGUCGAGGGUCCAGUGGAUCCAACUGGACCUGCAGAAUACACUGAGCAGACUCUGGAUGCUGACAGCCAGGUCACGUUUACUCACCGCAUCAACAUCCCAAAAGCUGCAUGUGGUUGUGCAGUAACAGCGACAAUCCAGCAGCUGGCCACCAGGGUAGAGAUGCUUGAGAGAGAAGUUUCCCUGCUUAGAGCUCAGUGUGGAUCAGGAUGCUGUGGAGAGAGCUCAGCCAUGGGUCGUUUGGAUUUUGUCCCAGGCUGCAGUGGCCACGGCAGCUUUAGCUUUGACCUGUGCGGCUGCAUCUGUGACGAAGGCUGGAGUGGCAAAAACUGCUCUGAGCCCCGCUGUCCAGACGACUGCUCCGGCCAGGGUGUGUGCGUCGAAGGGGAGUGUGUGUGUGACCGUGACUUUGGAGGUGACAACUGCUCAGAGCCGCGGUGCCCUUCAGACUGCUCGGGCCGCGGGUUGUGUAUUGACGGGGAGUGCGUGUGUGAGGAGUCCUUCACUGGAGAAGACUGCAUGGUUGGGAGGUGUCUCAAUGACUGCUCGGACCAGGGGCUGUGCGUCAAUGGGACGUGCCAUUGCCGACCUGGCUAUGUGGGAGAAGACUGCUCGCUGGUGUACUGUGCCAACAACUGCAGCAAGAAAGGAGUGUGCAAGGAAGGCUUCUGUGUCUGCCAGGAUGGCUUUGCUGGAGAUGACUGCAACUCUGUGGCACCUGUCAUGAACUUAAAGGUCCGAGGUGUGACUGAUCGCACUGUUGAUCUGGAGUGGGAGGGGUCAGUAGUGCUGACGGACUUCUUGGUGACCUACACACCAAGCAGCCCCAGAGGUGUGCAACUUGAAAUGAGGAUUCCAGGCAACACCACCACCUGUACUAUCUCUGGCCUAGAGGCGGGCAUGGAAUACAACAUUAACGUGUUUGCUGUCAUAAACAACAGUAUCAGUGUCCCUGACAGCAUUACUGUUUGGACAUAUCUCUCUAAUCCGGAUGGUUUAGUCUUCAAAUCCAUCACAGAGACGUCAGUUGAGGUCCACUGGCAACCAUUCUACUACUCCUUUGAUGGAUGGGAGAUCAGCUUCAUUCCCAAGGACAAUGAUGGCGGGAUGACUGCACAGCUGCCCAGCACCAUCACGUCCUAUGUGCAGACUGGUCUAAGGCCAGGAGAAGAGUAUACCGUUAACUUGGUGGCGCUCCGAGACCAGGGUCGAAGUCAGCCAGUGACCGCUACUGUCACAACAUUGAUUGAUGGCCCCACUCAGCUGAUCGUGCGGGAUGUGUCAGACACCGUGGCAUUUGUGGAGUGGACCCCGCCUAAAGCAAAGAUCGAUCAGGUCGUGUUGCGUUAUGGCCUUGUGGGAGGUGAGGGGCCACGGACCACCUUCCGCCUCCAGCCCACACUCAGCCAAUACACGCUGCAGGUUCUGCGUCCAGGCUCCCGUUACGAGGUCUCUGUCAGAGGUUUAAGGAAAGGAAACGAGAGCGGCUCCAUUUCCACUGAAUUCACUACGGCUUUAUCAUUCUUCUCAGAAAUUGAUGCCCCCAAGAACUUACGGCUUGUGUCCAAGAGCUCUACCACCCUCGAGCUGGAGUGGGAUAACAGUGAAGCGGAGGUGGAGGGUUACCAGGUGGUGUACAGCACUUUGGCUGGAGAUCAGUAUGACAAAGUCAUCGUACCACGAAAUGAGGGAGCCACCACUAAGACCACACUCACAGACCUGCUGCCAGGCACAGAGUAUGGCAUCGGCAUCUCAGCCAUGAAAGGAAGCAAGCAGAGUACACCAGCAACAAUGAACGCCAGGACCAUUCUGGAUGUGCCCAUGGAUUUAACUGUGACAGGCUCGACAGACAACACCAUCACUCUGGUGUGGGGUAUUGUCCAGGGCCCCAUCGACCACUACAAGGUCACCUACACGUCCUCCUCUGGUGUCACUACUGAGCUGACGGUGCCUAAAGAUGUAACCACCACCACUCUCGUGGACCUUGAGCCCGGGACGGAGUACACCAUCACUGUAGCAGCAAGAAGAGGAAGACAGCAGAGCACUGCAGCCACCAUAGAUGCCUUCACAGGAAUCCGACCCGUAACUCACCUCUACUUGUCAGAGGUGACGUCGGACUCGGUGUCGGUGGCGUGGAGCGCCCCAGCGCCGCCUGCUCACUUCUUCAUCCUGAGCUACAGCUCUGCCGAUGGGACAGACACCUCUAAGGUGACUCUGGACGGCGGCAAAACAAGGUCACUAGUCCAAGGGCUGCUGCCGUCCACUCAUUACACCGUCAGUCUAAUCACAAUUCAGGGGGACGUUACCUCUGAGCCUAUUACAGCGUCACUCACUACAGCCAUAGACCCACCAAAAGAGGUGAUGGUGUCAGACGUGAGCGAGGACGCAGUGACUAUUUCCUGGAUCAAACCACUGGCUUCAUUUGAAUACUAUAAGCUGUCUUACCAGUCAGCCAAAGGUCGAGUGGACAGCGUGGUGAUUGACAGUGACGUGACCAACUACACCCUGUCCAGUCUGUUUCCUGCUACAGAAUAUGAGAUCAGUCUCAACGCUGUCAGAGGGAGUCAAGAGAGCAAAGUGGUCAGCACCUUCGUCUUCACAGCGAUGGACAUGCCAGCUGAGUUGACGGCCCUCAACAUCACUCCCCGAGGAGCCCUGCUGAGGUGGAGUCCUCCUAUGUCCAGUGUUGACAACUACGUCAUGACCCUCACACACAAUCAAGUGACAGCUGAUACCGUCCUUGUGGAAGGCAACAAGCAGGAGCACCAGCUGUCUAAUCUUAAGCCGAGCACCACCUACUCUGUCGCCCUGUACGCCACCAAAGGACCCCUCACCAGCGGCACAGUCAUCACCAACCUCCAAACACCCAUGGACACACCCCUGAACCUGACAGCCAGUGAAGUGAAUCACCGCAGCGCUCUUAUCUCCUGGCAACCACCAAUCGCAGAAAUCGACAACUACAUGCUCACAUACAAAUCGACCGAUGGCAACCGAAAAGAGUUGAUCCUGGAUGCAGAGGACACUUGGAUCCGUCUAGAAGGACUGGCUGAGACCACAGAGUACACAGUCAAGCUCCAGGCAGCAAGAGGACUUGACACCAGUGCUGUCGUCUCCACCACCUUCACUACAGGGAGUCGUCUAUUUGCAACACCUCAGAAUUGUGCCCAACACCUGCUGAAUGGAGAGACGCUGAGUGGUGUCUACACAAUUUACAUCAACAGAGACCCCAGCCAGGGAGUGCAGGUGUACUGUGAUAUGACCACUGAUGAAGGAGGGUGGAUCGUGUUCCAGCGUCGUCAGAAUGGCCUGACAGACUUUUCCAGGAAGUGGAGUGACUACCGGGUUGGCUUUGGAAACUUGGAGGAUGAGUUCUGGCUUGGUCUAGACAACAUCCAGAGGAUCGCUGCUCAGGGACGCUACGAGCUGAGGAUUGACAUGAAGGACGGACAAGAGUCGGUAUAUGCCAGUUAUGACAAGUUCUCCAUUGGAGAUGCCAGAAAUCUGUACAAGCUCAGGAUAGGAGAGUACAACGGCACUGCAGGUGACUCUCUGAGCUACCACCAGGGUCGUCCCUUCUCUACAAAAGACAGAGACAACGACAUCGCCGUCACUAACUGUGCCUUGUCUUACAAAGGAGCUUGGUGGUACAAGAACUGCCACCGAGCCAACCUUAAUGGAAAAUACGGUGAAUCCAGACAUAGUCAGGGUAUCAACUGGUACCACUGGAAGGGCCACGAGUUCUCCAUCCCCUUUGUAGAGAUGAAGAUGAGGCCGUUCAACUACCGUAGCAUCAGCAGCAAGAGGAGGCGGUCCGCUCCCGUAUAAACAAACCGCCUCCACCCCUCUCCCCUCCCCCCCCCCCCCUCCCCCCACUGUCUGGAUAAAUGGAGUUCGGACAAUGUUUAGAAACGAGUGUUCAGUGUGGCUCACUGACAGCACAGCAUGUUAACAGUUCUGAGGCUCUGUAUUAAGCCUGCAAAGAAGAAAAUGGUUGUGAUGACAAAAAGAAAAAGCGAAAAAUACUAAUAUUUUAUUAAUAUUCAUUUGUAAAAUAAUACCACACAUUAUUAAAACACCACCAACAAUCAGAAGCUGUGAUAAGCAUGGGUGUGAUAAAAAUGACAGUUACAGCAAAAGGGGAAACAAUGUCCGGAAUCUGUUUAUCUUCACUCCCGUCCAGCUUUAGCUGUCUCUCCCUGCUGGACUUCUACCCGAAUGAUAGAAGACGCUGUAUGUAAUUUAUUGAAUACUUUGAAUGACAAUGGUCUUAUUUGCUGUAACCCACAACCCCCCGUGAUUUGGUCUGUGAUUUGCCUUUCCCAGGGGUGCAAGGAAAGGAAAGGCGUUGAGGAAUGUGCUCAAGCGUGCUAGAGCUGGUGUUAUUUUUAAUCUGUAUGAAAUAACAACACUUUUAAUGAAAAUGAUACUGUAUAUGCCAUUAAAAAACCCUUAACUGUAAGAUAUAUAUAUUUUUAUAACUGAUAUUGUGACAGAAGUCCCAUCUAAUCAAUAUGAUUUGAUGCCUUGGGUUUUCCUUUUUUUUUUCUUUUUUUUUUUUUAGUGCGUAUUAAGUUUAAUCAUACAACACGAUGAGGAAUACUGGCUAUAAAGAGAAAAUAACCAUCAAAAAGCAAAACUGACUCAUCACUCAAAGCACUGCACCAGCAACAGCUUCACUACUGUCUAUUUUAUUUCUUUCCACGCCUGUUUUUACUGAUAAUGAUGAUCAUUUUUUUUAAAGCAGAAUGAACAUCAGUGUUUUGGUUUACGAAGAAAAAACGAGACAGGAUUUGCACUACGAGUAGGAGCACAGUGAACGCUGUUGGUCAUUCAGUUUGGUUCGUUUGCGAAGUUGUUCGGGGGCAUUUCAUACGACUUUCAAACAAAUGACACACACUUAACAUCUAUUUCACCCCUGUUGUCGAUGCUGUGAUUGCUUGCAGAGAUGGUGCUGAUAGAUGUCACGUCUAACCAAAGAGCUGCAUAAUUAAGAGUGAGCCUGCUGUUUGGAAAGAUGCCAGUCAAUUCUGUCACCAAAGUCACUGCAGCAGCUUUUCUUUUUUUUUUUUUUUUUCCCCUCUUCUCUUAAUAGAUUCUCACUCUUGAGAGACUUUUAUGUUAAUCGUGUCCCCGGGCUUUACUAUAGGCAAUGUGAACACUAAGUUCUACGCAAAAAAAGAAAGUCAGGGUGGGCAUUGUGCAGAUUUGAGCCUCUCCCCCUGCUAACUGCAAUGAACUUAACAAAGAAAGCAGAACAGCAGGUGGAGCGCAGCCAAGCCUCUUUCCUUUGUGCCAUCCUUUGCUGUCUAAGCUCCCCAAUGAAACGGCAUAAUCAGCAAACAUGGCAGCGAGUGUAUUCUUUUUAAUAGGGCGGCCAUAAUCUGCAGCGUGCCCACCAACAAUUUUAUUUCAUCCACUCCUCACACUGUUGCACAAAGUGUUGUUUGUUCUGGUUUUUCCUCAAACAAUUCAACUGUUGAGUUUGAACACAAACGGCAAACAACUGGCUACAGUAAUUCUCCUCUAUAGACUAUUGUCCAAUGACACUUCGAUAUCAGUUUCACCAUCGCUACAAGCAACAGUUUGCCAGGUACAGUAUGUGUUCAAUAUUCCAAAUGCUGAUUUCGGGUUUUUUUCCCUUUUUGAUCAGCUGGGAAUUUGAUUCUUGUCUAUUUCAGUUCCAUUAUUAUAGAUUUCAGUCGGUUUCUUUAGUUCAGUCCUUUCAUUGAAGCGAACCAGCAAAUCUGGCGUGUAUCAUGUGACUGUGGAUGUUAUUCAUUCAAUGUUCUUUUUAGAACUUGUUUUAAACGGUAGCAUCUUUCCACUCUUUUAAACGACUACUAAUAUACCCAUGUAGAUAGAGUAGAGGAUACUGUGUUUCCCUCCUUUAUACAUCAAACACUGCUCAUAAAGCUCACUAAAACAUGUCCGUUUAACCUCUGUAUAUUUAGCCAGUUUUGUGUUCACUGGGGGACGAGGCCUACUGCAUGUUGACUGAACAACAAACUUGAACCGGGUGCAAAAUGUGUUUUAAUUUGACAAUGUUCUUUGAUUCUGAACUGGGUUCAAGUUGCCCUUGAAAGGGUUUUGUGAGACAGAAGACGACAUGGAUUAUCAGGUUCCUAUGAAGUUGAUUCGGUCCUCAAAGCCAGAAAAAGAAAAAAAAAAAAAAACUAAAAUAUGAUUUGA